AUGUCUUUCCUCGUCACCAAAGGCGACACUAUUCACUUUACCGACAGCGUUCUAUGGAUUCAAAAUGGGUCGCUAGACCCAACGAGGCUCACCAUCAAGUGGCGUCAAAUGGUCAAGGACCGAACUGAAACUUACAUCCGUUGCAGGUUCACUGUUAGCUCUAGUGAGAAAAAGGGAGGCGAGCUCUUCAUUCAGGCCAACAAGCUCCAGACCUUGGUUGAUAAGCAGGGCCAGGAUGGCCCUAAGUACACUGUCAAGAUCGACGACGAUUUCCAGUAUGGCCAGAACGAAGAACGUACCGAGCGCUUCCUCGUGUUUCAUGAUAAAAACAACAGGCCUUAUCAGCACCGCUUCGUCGUGCAACUCGUCAUGUUACUUGGAAACCAAGCCAUUGGGUGGGCUCGCAGCAUGGGCUUCGAUAGCAUCGAGUCGCUCAGGGACAAGGCGGCCAGCAUCUUUGGCGACUAUCUGAGGGACUUUUAA